CCGACCAAGCAGAGUCGUAUGUCGGACUAUGUGGAAAGUAUCUCAGAGAGUGAACUGGCUGAUAUUCAAGAAGACAUAGACCGACUGCGACAGGUGACGUCCCCGGCCUCCACUGUUGGCUCUGCCCGCAGUGCUUCACCCAGCAUUUCCGAAUGCAGCGAGGUGUCCAUGUUUAAGACACCCCAAGACAAAUCUGCAUACAGGGCCCUCUCCUUCAGCAGUCCUUCAACAUCUUCAAGCUUUCGGCUGCUUCAAAGCCUCAUCUCUGACAACCACCGUGAUUUGGGGCGCCAACUGCGUCUACUAGAAGAGAUUCUACGCAAUGCAACUGGAUCGAUUCAGAAGAUCCUGUCCUGUGUACUUCCUCCCAUAGAGACAAAUAUAGCGGAAGACCUCCCACGUUUGCCAUUAGAGGAGAAAGACGGGGAGAAAAAGAUGAACGACCUUCUAAAACAGAAAGAACAGUUCAAUAAAGUGGUGACAUUUCUUCACGGCCUCGGUGGCACCUGCGCUAGGGACGCAGUUUUUUCGGCGAUGAAAACACUCUUCACGGACGAGUUUGCGUCAACGAAGAGUAUGAAGGGAAUACGGCGGACAGGGCAGCCGAAGAAGGAUGCCUUUAUGGGGACGCCUCUCUUCAAGGCAGUCAUGUGUGCUGUGCGGCGUAGGUUCCGAGAGGCUACCGUCUCUGAAGUUAUGGAGAUGACUGGGAACUGGCUGAAGGACGCCCCAGCCAGAGAGCGGAAACGCCAGAAAAGGAAGGAAGACAGGGAGAAGGCCCUUCGGGAAUAUGAAGAGGAUGGCACCGAGGUGGAGUCCGUGAACUUAGAUUAGUUCGUGUCGAUGUGCGUGUUAUUCUUUACUUAAUUGUGGCUGUCGACAUAGGUUUCUUCUGUAAGUCUGUAUCCUAAAUGCAUACUGGCCGAGCAUAUCUUUUGCCCAUUUUUCUUCAGAUAAUAUUUUGAUGGUAGAUGUAAGUUUUGUAGGCUUAAGGCAAUUUAUUUUCGCAUCAAGGAGACAUAUUUGUAUGGAGCAUUGUAUUGCAUAUCAGUCUUGUUUAGAUCUUAAGUAGUUUUCGUCUGUCUGAGUGACUCCGUUUGUUUCAUUGUAUAGGCAUAGGUCAGUGACCUGGAGGAAGAGAGAGGCUUACCUUCCCUUAUAAAACGGGGAAGGCUCCGAAAUGGGUCCGAUCGGACGAUCCGAAAUUUUCCGGAGGACAGUCCGUCAGUCCCCGCCGGACAGUUCCGAAAUCUUUCCCGGACUUGCCGGGAAUCGGUCGAAAAGUACCACAAUCAGAAGGAUUUCGGGGAGUCCGACAGGGCUGGUCGGGCUCGUUCCGGGCCGUCCGAGACGAGUCCGGAAAAAAAGAAACUGGCGCUGGCCGAGGUGGGACUACUGUGGCUGGAUUCGUUCCCGGGCCCCUCUCCUUUGGACUU